AGGCGCCCCAUUCACGCGCACCCAACUGCUAUCGUGCGCUAAAGUAGACAUUCCCCCGCUAUACCGGCCCCAGACAUGGGCCCACAUUCUCAACAUUAAAUGGUCUGAUCUCUUAGUUUACGAACAAAUGGACAAAAUAACUGCCACUCAAACGGACCGUCAGAUCAGCGUUGAUAUCCCUCGAUGUCAUCAGUACAACGAUCUGUUGGCCUCACCCCAGGGCCACCAGAAGCUGACCCGUGUUCUCAAGGCAUGGCUCCAACACAAUGAGGCCAAAGGGGAUGUCUAUUGGCAGGGGUUGGACUCAUUGGCCGCGCCUUUUGUUAUCAUUAACUUCAACAACGAGUCGCAAGCGUUCGCCUGUUUUAACGCAUUUACGCACAAGUAUUUGAAGGGCUUUUUCCAGAGAGACAACAGUCGAGUGAUUCAAGAAUAUUUGGCUCUGUUCUCCAUACUAAUCAAAUUCCACGACCCGGUGCUCGCAAACCACUUGAAUGGCCUGCAGUUCGUGCCCGACCUGUUCGCCAUUCCCUGGUUCCUCACGAUGUUUACGCACGUCCUGCCAUUGCAUCAGAUAAUGCACUUAUGGGACACUCUGUUGUUG